UUCUCACGCCCUUCAUAGGGUGUAGUCAUAACAUUACUUUGUGUGAUAAGUGCACUAGAUUUUUAACAAACUUUAAGCGACUUGAAACACAACCCCAAACCCAGGCAAUUUCAGCACAAUGGCGGCAUCGGUGUUGUACUAGUUAUAGCAGUGGAAGCUGCGGAUGCUGUUGUGGUUGUGUUCAUUUGUUUGAAUUGUGACACGGGUUUUUAAAGUAAAAAUAUAAUAAUGGAGAGGUUUGAUGGCUACAUCUUCCCUGUUGUUUGUAGCACAAAUUUUUUAAUAUCAUGUCUUGUUUUUUCUAAAAUCACCCGGGAGCAAAGAGAGUCGUACAUGGACGAAAUCUUUCACGUUCCACAAGCUCAGAAAUACUGUGAUGGGAAAUUUAACGAGUGGGACCCCAUGAUCACCACACUGCCUGGACUGUACCUGCUGUCAGUCGGAGUGAUUAAACCAGUCAUGUGGUUGGUGGGUUGGACAGGAUCAGCCGUGUGCUCCACUGCAAUGCUGCGGUUUAUUAACGUGCUGUUUAACUGUGGAAACCUCUACAUCCUUUAUCUCCUCAUCUGCAAAAUACACCCCAAGGACAAGUCCCGUGCGACUGGACGGCGUGUGCUCUCUGCCCUGAGUCUGUCCUCCUUCCCAGUGCUCUACUUCUUCACAUUCCUCUACUACACAGACGCCGGCUCCACCUUCUUCAUUCUCUUCGCCUAUCUCAUGGGUCUAUACAGGUGCCACAAAGCUUCAGCUCUCCUGGGUAUCUGCGCCAUCCUGUUCCGCCAGACCAACAUCAUCUGGGUGGCUUUCUGUGCCGGGUCAGUCGUUGCUCAGAAAAUGGAUGAGGCCUGGAGGCUGGAACAGACGAAAAAGCGGGACGAGAAAUCAACAUCGCAGAUCUCACUGCAGUUUAGCGGCGUGAUGAGACUAGCACAAUUUUUACUGAAAUAUCUCACGUCGCCAGCCAACAUAAAGAGUCUGAUUUUAUCAACCUGGCCUUAUGCUGUAGUCAUUUUGGGCUUUGUUGGUUUUGUGGUGUUGAACCAUGGGAUUGUGGUCGGGGAUAGGAACAAUCAUGAAGCUUGCCUGAAUGCCCCUCAGCUGUUUUAUUUCUUUUCCUUUGCAUUGAUCUUCUCGCUUCCGGUAUCCCUUUGUCACCACAGGCUUGGUAGAUUUGUGCAGUCGCUCCGAAAACAUCCAUUUCUCUUUCUUCUGAUCGCAACUCUGUCUCUGCUCCUGGUCUGGAAGUUCACGUUUGUGCACAAGUACCUAUUAGCAGAUAACCGGCAUUUUCCCUUUUACGUGUGGAAGAGAAUUUUCCAGAAGCACGAGCUGGUUCGUUUCGUUCUCGUUCCUGCAUACUUGUUUGCAGCAUGGAACUUUAUAGACACUCUGAAUUCCAAGUCGCUGUUUUGGAGCUUGGCGUUUUGCGUCUGUCUGGUGGCUGCUACAGUUCCUCAGAAGCUUCUCGAGUUUCGGUAUUUCAUCCUGCCGUAUCUGCUGUACCGGGUCCACGUCCCUCUUUCAUCCUCCCCCAGACUGCUCCUUGAAUUUGCUCUGUAUACUGCGGUCAAUGUGGUGACAAUAUACAUUUUUAUUAAGAAGACAUUCCAGUGGCCUGACAGCCCUGCAGUGCAAAGAUUCAUGUGGUGAUGCGAGAUGAUGGAAAUGAAAAUGAAAGAAAAAGGUGUUUAUAACGCUUAUUGCUUAUUUACUUAUGUGCUCACCUUUUACUUUACAUGUAUAUCAGCAAACACAAGCAUUAUUAUGUUGAACGUAUGUGUGUGUCUGCCAAGUCUUUUGAGUUGUUACUUGUCUGCCACGCACAUAGACAGAUCAGCCUUAACACUGAAUUGCAAAACAUUAAGCUCACUAUUGUUUGAGGUCUUCUUGUGCCACUGGGGCAGUUCUGGCCCCUCGGGACAUGAGUCUAUAAGACCUCUGAGGAUGUGUCGUGGUGUCUGGUGCUGGGACGUUAGCAGAAGAUUCUUUGGAUGUUGUGGGUUGUGGACUGGGGCCUCCACGGUUCAGACGUGGUCGUCCAGUGAUAUACUGUAUGUUUCGUUAACUUUCUAUCAGGCCAACAUGAACUUUUUUCCAAUAACAUUGGCUUUUAUAUGGGAUCAGACCAGACGGGGCUAGCCUUUUGUUUCUACAGGCAUAAAUGAGCCUCGAGAGCCCAUGAUUCUGUUACCAGUCUGCUGGUAUAUAAUUGAUAAUCAAUAUUAUUGAAUUCACUUGGCGGUUGUGUUAGUGUUGUGGCUGAUCAGUGUAUCUUAGUAUCUCUUUGCCACCCUAAGUUCAAAAUAGAGCUGGGCUGGAAACUGAAAUUCCUGCCAUGGAACUAACAUACACUUUUUAAAUGCCUUUCUGUCUUUUAUUGAGUCAUGGAGCCAUGAACAAAAGGACAAAUAGAAAUAGCUUGUGGUCUUAACCAUCUGCAUAUUAUUGAAUAUGUUUAACUUAUGUUCUGUAUGACUCAGUGGAGAACAAAUCAUGUAUUAUGAUCAAACAUUUCUCACUCUGCUCCAUUGGUUAACUUUCUAAUAUUUAAAAUAAUGUUUGUUCUGUAUGACUUGCACAUAGUUCAGUCUCAUUGCAUCAGGCUGCUGCUGUUUCCAAAUUUACAUCAAACUCAAUUUUAAGCCAUAUGUCUGUAGAUAAAAACAAAGCAAUCACAUUUGUCUCAGUUGCUGUAUGUUUUCAUGUGAACUACCUUUUUUUUUAAGGUACUUCUUUUUCUUGUAUUGCUCCACUGGAGUUUAAAUCCAGGCUUCAGAUGCAAUAAA